CAUUCGUUGAGUGGAAACCUGAAUGAUUCGGCAGGGUAGCCCCUGAAAGCUACCAGUACAAUUUCCCCAGACACCCUUUAGUGAUCUGGAUGGUUGUCGAUCACAGCUGGCCAAGUCAAUAAAACACCCAGCAAUAUAAAGCCGCCGUGUGAGCCACUUUUAGCUGUACGCUCGCUUCCAUACUCCACCCUCGAUAAUAAUUCUACCACCAAAUCUCUCGCUACCAUCCCAAUCCGAGACAAUUAUCAACAUGAAGUUCGCUGCCGUCACCUUCAUUGCUCUGGCCUCUGUUGCCUCUGCUCAACUUGCUUCUAUCCCGCAAUGUGCUCUGUCAUGCCUCAUCACCGCUACCACGGGCAGCAGCUGCAGUCUCUCCGACUACGCAUGCCAGUGCCGACGCGGCUCUGAGCUCACUGCCUCGGUCAUGCCCUGCGUUGUGGCUGCUUGCAACGCCGCGGACCAGGCUGCCACCCAGGAGGCUACCGUCAACCUUUGCAACUCUGUUGGUGUCCCUCUUCCUGGCGUGUCCUCAGCAGCCUCCUCAGCAGCCUCCGCCGCGUCCUCCGCCGUUUCAAGCGCUGCUUCAGCUGCGUCUUCCGCAGUAGCUUCUGCGACUGCCUCUGCCAGCGCUGCCGUGUCUUCCCUUCGCGCUUCUGCUUCUUCCGUCCUGGCCUCCGCCUCCGGUGUUGCUGCUUCGGCCUCUGGCGCUGCCUCCAGCGCUGCUGCCUCAGCCUCCCACGCCGCCUCCUCUGCCGCUUCCCGCGCCUCUUCUGCCGCUUCCUCUGUCGCCGCUGCUACCGGUGCUGCUGCCCAGGUUACUCAGGCUGCUGGUGUCAUGGGCGCUGCCGCUCUUGCCCUCCUUGCUGCUUUGUAAACGUCAGAAUAUCGAUAUCAAAGGUCAAUCGAGUCCAGAGGCCCCUGUCAGGUCUGGUUGGAUAGGAAUAUGUUGAUACAGAAGAAAGCAUUGUAUUGUAUGAUAAAAGCGUAUACCACCUAAUAACCAUCUCGCGUUCGUCUUCC